AAAAAAUACAUCAACCAUCAACGUCAGUGCAAUUCUUAUUUGUAUUUGUUUUCUUUUUGGUUUUACGGGUUGUUCUUUAGUGUUGUGUAUAUUUUUGACGAAAUAUUAAUUAAAUUCUUAACGAAAUCGACUGAAUAACAUAUCAGUUAUUACCAUUCAUUUGUUAUUUAAUAUAUAAAUAAAGCAAUUCUGUGACAUCAUGACCAGCAAUGGCUUUAAAUCGAAAUCAUCCCCCCCACAAUUGACACCUCUAAUAAAUUGCAAACGACAAGCCUAUCUGCAUUGGGAAGAUUAUUUUAUGGCCACGGCGGUGUUGUCGGCACAGCGCAGCAAAGAUCCGGUAACCCAGGUGGGAGCAGUCAUUGUCAAUGAAGACAAUCGCAUUGUGGCCAUUGGUUAUAAUGGCUUUCCCAGUCGCUGUGAGGAUGAUGAAUUCCCCUGGUAUAAGGCAUCGGAAAUUGAAGAUCUACUCGAAGAGGAUCAACAACUCGAUCCAAUGAAUGACAAGAAAAUGUUUGUGGUACAUGCUGAGGCAAAUGCCAUCCUGAAUAAGAAUUGUGCCAAUCUGAAGGGUACACGAAUCUUUACCACACUAUUUCCCUGCAAUGAAUGUGCCAAGUUGAUUGUGCAAUCGGGCAUAACGAAAGUUUAUUAUAUUUCCGAUAAAUAUGCCGAAAAACCAAUAUAUCGGGCAUCGCGUCUUAUGUUUGCAAGGGCCGGUAUCGAGUGUAUACCUUAUGUACCGCGACAGAAGAAAAUUGUCAUAGACUUUGAAAGGAUUUUGAAUGAGGAUGCGGCGAAUUUGAAUUUGUCUCAGGAAAUGGCAAAUGUUAAGCUGUAGGAAAAAUGAGAUACCACGAAGACAAAGAGGGAGAGGACGAAAAAUAUUUCUAAUAUAAAUUGGAAAAAUCAAAUCAAAUCUCUUAGAUAAUUGCUCGAGUUAGUACUAUUAUUUCUAAAUUUACUUAAAGAAGAAAAUGUUGUAAGGUUGCAUUUUUUUAUAUAAAUUAUUUAUGUAAUUGAUUACAA